AUGACAGAAAUGAUAGUAGGAGGUACAGAGUACUACAGACUAUUCGAUAAAAUAGAUUCGAAUAAAACCUUAUUCGUUAACGGUAUAAUGCAUUUUCUUAAUGAUAAUUUAAAAAAUAGAAUGGAAAAUUCGUUUAGAAACGUUUUAAUGAUGAAAGGUUCUAAGUAUAUUUUUAAAAGAGAUUUCUUUUGGAGAACAUGGCGCGAAGUAAAAAAUGAAACUGGUUAUAGUUCAGUGAUUUGUUAUAAGUGUCAAAGUAUUAUCAAUGAAAUGUGUGUUAAAUGUCAUAGUGGCGGAUAUUGGGUUAUCGAAGAAAAACCACCAAAAUGUCCAUACGAAAUACUUUCCUUAAAAACGGAGCAAGAAGUAUGCGUUGUCAAUUACACACAAUAUUUUAAGCAAUUUGAUUCAUGUCCAUCUAUUAUGUCGCUAAGAGAGUUAAGAAUAUCUUGCGGGAAUCCUGUCGAAACAAAAUGGCGGAUUAAAAGAACGUACAUUAAAGACGUUACUGAACGCAAUAUGGCUGUCAUUUGUCAAGGGAGAGAAAAUUGUGAAGUUUCAACUUUGUAUUGGUUCAAACCGGAUCACAUAUCAUUUAAAAUAAUAAAUUCAACAAACCACGUGUUUUAUUCGAGAAUUAUGAAGACUGGUAAUAUAAAUUAUGUAUGUACCGACGACUGUGGUGUAUACAAUUUAGAUACAAAGGAAAUAACAAAAAUUGAAUCACCUUUGAUGGUUGAUUUGCUUAAUGUCAAUAAACCUUGGCAGACGAAUAAGAAAAAACGUACAUAUAGACAUUCACAUAACAUGACAGACAGGAAAACGUACAAAACUGAGAUAAAUUUGCUGUUUAAAAAGAAUUCCUAUUAUAAAGCACAAAAAAAUAAAAAAUUCGGUGGCAUAAUAAAUGGUAAGCCUUGGUCUGAAAAUAAAAGAAAUAAAGAAUUGUCAACAAAAAGUUCUUGUAAGAAAUUGGAAGAACGGUAUUUGGAAAGUGAGGAAGACGAUAGUUAUUACGUGUUGAAUGAAAUAUAAUAAUUGUAAAUUUAAAAUAAAAUUUGAUAAUUU